AUGCCUAGUCUCGGUCGUGAUAAAGGUCGUUCCAGAUCGCGCAGGUCGGAUGACGAGUUUGUCAUAUUCCUUCAAGGCAUUCCACCUCAUUGCCGCUGGCAAGAACUCAAGGAUCUCGUGCGCCAAACUGCACUGCAUAUUCGCCAGGCCGUAGUGUACGAUGAUAGCCAUGGAUUCCCCACCGGACUCGGCCAAAUCAUCGUCAAAAAUGAAGACGAAGCCUGGCGAACGUACCAUCGACUUUCAACAAGCGGAUGGGACGGCCAGAGCCUGGUCGUCACACUCUCGCGGACCAGCACGCCCACCCAGCCCAUUGCCGGACCUACCAGAAGUCCAUCAAUGAUGCCCGCAAGCUACAUCUCUGGCCAGUCCACGCCCCCAUUAGUACAUGGAAACAUAGCAAUGCCCCCAUCACCGGUAUCACCAGAAUCUUCCCACCCCGCAACGCCACCAUAUCCAUACCCAGAGUACGGCGUCAUGAUGGUACCCAUACAAAUACCACAAGGCUACAUGCCCAUGAUGCCCGAUCCCCACGCACAACCAAUGCAGUGCUACCCCCCAUCCCCAGUAAUGAACGGCACAAUGUACGAUCCGCAUUGGAACAUGAUGCCCGGCUACCAGAUGUCCCCUCCACACCACAUGCACCACAUAAGCGGCGAUAACCAACCCCAAAACUACUCGCACUACUACCCCGGCGCCAAAGCCACAAACUCCAGCUCUCCAUACUUCUCCCCAGACCGACGAGCCAUCACAAUCGAGAACUUGAAUUCGACUACUACAUGCGCCGACCUAAAAACCCUUCUGCAGACAGCCGGCACUGUCCAGAAAUGCAGCAUAGUUGCCACGGACUCGGUCGAUCAAAGUGGCCAGCUGCGCGGCUUGAUUACCAUGCAAACGGCAGAGGAAGCUCAGGGCGCUGUGACCAUGUUCAAUAAUUUGAGUUUCAUGGGGUCGCGGAUUAGGGUCAAGGUUGAUCGUGGCUCGCAUCUUGCAAGGUCUGUUAGCUUUGAUGGGGUUUGUGCUGGUUCGGACACCGCGGGCUCGGUGCCAGAAAAUGGGGAUACGUGUCAGUCGUGGGCUGAUGAGAUGACUGCGGAGGCUAAUGCUGUUGAUAAUUGCAAGCCGUUGGUGAUAGAUGGGUCUGGGUUGAAUAGGGCGGGUGAGGGUUUGUCGACUUCUGCGCCGACGUGA